AUGGACUGGAAUACAUUUAUAGUAAUAUACUGGUAUCGCAAGUAUCGUCAACAGCAACGGAUUUCAAAUCGAAGAUUCUGGGUACAUCCUAUUGUGAGACAAAGGAAUAUUUUGGGCUCUUUUAAUACGCUAAUGUGUCAAUUACGACAGGACGAAACAAAAUUUUUUAAUUAUUUUCGAAUGUCGAUACCUACUUUCGAUGAUCUAUUGAGAAGAGUAGAAAUUAGUUUGACAAGGCAAGACACAACUAUGAGAGCAAGCAUCAGUCCAGAAGAAAAAUUAGCCAUCUGUUUAAGGUAUUUAGCGUCUGGGUGUUCAUUUAAAGAUCUUCAUUAUUCCUAUCGAAUCGGUAUUUCAACAAUAAGCUACAUUGUAAGAGAAGUAACAUCAAAUAUAUGGGCCAAUCUACAUAACGAAUUUAUGCAAUUACCAACUACAUCUACGGCCUGGGAACAAAUAUCGAAUGGUUUUCAAUCAAGGGCCAAUUUUCCACACUGUAUUGGUGCUGUUGAUGGAAAACACAUAAGAGUAAAAAAGCCUUCAAAUAGUGGAUCGAUGUAUUUCAACUACAAGGACUAUUUUUCAAUUAUAUUAUUAGCCGUCGUAGAUUCGGAAUACCGGUUUAUAUAUGUGAGUGUCGGAUCAUAUGGAAAAGACUGUGAUUCUUCAAUUUUUAAGGGAACAACAUUUUGGAAAAAGUUGACAGAAAAUGCAUUGCACUUACCUAUACCAAGACCUUUAAGUGAACAUUCAAACACAAAUGUUUCUUUCGUGAUUAUUGGAGACGAAGGUUUUGCAUUAAAUGACAAUUUAUUAAGACCUUAUGGAGGGACACAUUUAGAUAAGGUUAAACGUGUAUUUAACUAUCGAUUAACUAGAGCCAGGAGAUAUGUAGAAUGCGCUUUUGGUAUCCUGUCAAACAAAUGGCGAAUAUUUCAUAGACCUUUGGACGUAAAUGUAGAAACAGCUAUCUGGGUAGUAAAAGCAUGCACAGUAUUACAUAAUUUUGUCAGACAAAAAGAUGGAUUUGAUUUUCAAAGUGACCAGAUAGAACCAAAAAUAAACUGUUUUCCUAAUAUAUUAAACGCACAAUCAAUCAGAGGAGGCAGUUCUGCAAAUUCAAUCAGAGCAACAUUUGCUGAAUAUUUUGUCUCUGAAGUUGGAUCAGUCCCUUGGCAAGAUGAAUCCAUAGGUUUUUAA